AAAAUCAUUGUAUACAUAACGUACCGGGAAUGACGUCGGAAUACAAACCGGAGUCGGAAAGCAAUUGAUCGGCCUUCUCACGGAAGCCCUAUCUCGCCGGCCGGAGUGGGCCCAAGGCUUUUGCGUUAUACUGGAGGAUAGCAGAAGCCGUACUUAUAACCCGACCCGGUUGAGAAUUUGGAUAUUUGGCCCUUUAUUUUUGGGCCUUUGUGUUGUUUAGUGUUUGCUUGCACAGAGCAUUCUUCUUUCUGAGUAUGACGACUCGUAUAGCUCCGGGAGUGGGAGCAAACCUGCUGGGCCAACACGCAGCGGAGCGCAACCAAGACGCCACCGCCUAUGUCGGCAACCUCGACCCUCAGGUUUCUGAAGAGUUGUUAUGGGAGUUGUUUGUUCAAGCAGGUCCAGUAGUCAAUGUUUAUGUCCCUAAGGACAGAGUUACUAAUGCUCAUCAGGGAUAUGGCUUUGUGGAAUUCCGAAGUGAAGAAGAUGCUGACUAUGCAAUAAAGGUACUGAAUAUGAUUAAACUUUAUGGGAAACCAAUAAGAGUGAAUAAGGCAUCACAAGAUAAAAAGAGUGUUGAUGUUGGUGCCAACUUGUUUGUUGGGAACCUUGAUCCUGAUGUUGAUGAGAAGCUUCUAUAUGACACUUUUAGUGCUUUUGGAGUUAUUGUCUCAAAUCCAAAGAUAAUGAGAGACCCUGAGACAGGGAAUUCCCGGGGUUUUGGUUUCAUUAGUUACGAUUCAUUUGAGGCCUCUGAUGCAGCAAUUGAGGCAAUGAAUGGUCAAUAUCUUUGCAACCGUCAAAUUACAGUUUCCUAUGCCUACAAGAAAGAUACAAAAGGGGAACGUCAUGGCACCCCUGCUGAAAGGGUUUUAGCUGCUAGUAAUCCAGGUACUCAGAAAAACAGGCCUCAUACCAUGUUUGCAAGUGGACCCCCCAGCGUUCCACAAGCCAAUGGUGCGGUUGGUACUCCAGGUCCCCCACGGCCUUUUGCAAAUGGUCCUAUACCUCCAGCUCCUAUUCCAGCAAUCCGGCCACCACCUAUGCAGCCUAAUGUCUACCCACCAAUGCAAAUGCCUGCACCACAAGCUUGGCAGGGACAUCCUAUGCAACCAGGUGGAGCUGGCAUUCCGCAGCAGCAAAUGCAAUUCAGGGGAAUGCCACCACCGCCCCCACAGGUAGCUCCACCCCUAAAUAGGCCCCCUCCAGCACCAGCUGCAAUGGGCGCUCAGGUUUGGCGUCCUCCUCCACCACCUCAGCACCUUAAUGGUGGCCCCUACCAUUCCAUGCCACAUAUGUCGAUGCAGCCACCCCCUCCACCUCCUGCACAAGGUUGAAAACUUGAGAUGCCAAAUUUUAUACUAGCCUGGAUGUCUAUUUCCUUUAUGACAUUUUAAAACUAGUGCAUUCACUGUAAAAGGUAUGUGAUUGUGAGUGUCGGUGUUGGGAUUUCAAACUUUUAGUAAGAGGAUUAGUUCGACGUGGAAGUAACUUUUGCUUUUGGUCUCUGUUUGUUGUCGGAAACAGAGGAAGAUAGAUUGUUGGUUUUAGUGAAAACACCAUAUGCAAUCUCUGAGACGUCUGGUCUUAACAAUCUACAUGUAUAUCACGAAGCGAGAUAGUUAACCGAUUGCAAGUUGUGUCAUCCGUACGGGGAUCUUCUGAAGAUUAUCCCUGUGUUGAAAGACAUUUACAAUAACAUUUCGAAUUAUAUCAGGGCAGUUAAAAGAUAUUUUGUUGUGGCCCUUCAUUCA